GGUCAAAACUCUCAAGUCCCUAGGUAAAACUGCUGAGUACCUGACAUUUGCGAAAUACCUGGUGAUUUUGCGGCGGCGAGGUAUUAAUUCUGUCAUUGGCCUGGUGUUGUGGAUGUUUUCUUUUCCCUCUUUGCCCGGCAGCACAAAGGGUGUUCCCGUGGGAUUUGGUAGGGCGGGUAGGAAGCCUAUACUAUCUUAUAGUAUGUUUGUUUGAUGCAAAAGAACUGUGUCAUGGCCUCACAAGUCUAUUAGGUGUAUCCUGUGGUUACUGGUUCCAAAUUAAAUGUUUGUACACAAAGGAGGUGAUUUGAAAAACUAGGCAGGUUCUUGUUGCCACACAAAGCAUGCUAGUGUUCUAGCCUUGUAGGUAACCAGGCAAGAUACAUGGUUCACCUAUGAUUUAGUUCUUUAUAUGCCUCUGUGCAAAACUAAUCUAAAUAAACCGCAAUGUGUUGUCAUUGAUUAAUAUCGGUUCGAUAGACUGCGCCGGUUGCGUGGCUUAUAUAUGAUGCUUUACAGCGGUUGGAUUUCACCAGGGCAAGUAGUCAAAGAAAGGCACAUGGAAUUCAGGAAGCACCCAUUGCGUGCAUUUGAUGGUUCAGAGACGAGCAAGACAAUUCUUGAUGUAUCAGGUUUAUAUGGUGGUGAUGGAGGAUGAUCCAGUCAUUUCUUACAAAGUGAACCGCAAGCAUGCCAUGAGAGGCGAGGAAGCUCAGAAGUACAAACGAGUGGCCACAACAAAGCAUGACAGCUUCCUGGACUCAUUUCUCCCAAUGGGAUCUUACAAGAAACUGUACAGUUACACUCACUUGAUUAAUGGAUUUGCUCUUCAUGCUGAAUCUGAGAAGACGGUUAGAAUUCUUAGCCGGGCAAAAGGAGUUAGACUUAUCCAAGAAGACAUCAAAAUGGCCAAGAUGACAACACACACUCCAAAUUACAUUGGAGCUAGUGGAGUCUGGCCACUACUGGGUGGUGCUGAAAAUUCUGGUGAUGGGGUGGUGAUUGGCAUGAUUGAUACUGGCAUCGACCCCAAGAACCCAAGCUUUGUUAGCAGUAACAUGUCAAGCCAAGCAAAAUCACCACCAGCUAGUUUCAAAGGAAUGUGCCAUGCUGGGAAUAGGUUUCCUCCAGAUUCAUGCGGUGGUAAGAUAGUGGGAGCUAGGUGGUUUGCACGUGCUGCGCAAGCGACUGGAGAGUUCAAUGCUACAAUUCACUACGCAUCUCCUUACGAUUCAGAUGGUCAUGGCAGCCACACCGCAUCGAUUGCAGCUGGGAAUUUCCAUACGCCAGUAAUAUCCAGAGGCUACAGCUUUGGGUAUGCAAGUGGCAUGGCCCCUGGAGCUCGACUCUCAAUCUACAAAGCUGCAUAUCCUUUCGGUGGAUAUAUGUCAGAUGUGAUAGCUGCAGUCGACCAGGCUGUAGAGGAUGGUGUGGAUGUUAUAAGUCUUUCUAUGGCUCCUUCUUCAGUUUCAUCUGGGCCAGCAUCUUUCCUCAAUUUGCUUGAGGCACAACUUCUCCUUGCCACAAAAGCUGGAGUCUCAGUUGUUCAAGCAGUUGGCAAUGGAGGCCCCGAUGAGAACACAGUCGUUUCUUUCAGCCCAUGGAUAUUAAGUGUUGCUGCUUCGACGACAGACCGGAAGUAUAGAAAAUCAAUCAUAAUCGGCAAUGGGAAAGCCUUCUCCUGUGGCACUCUUUCUGCACCAACACCAGGUGAAAUAAUGUACCCACUAGCAUGGGCUGAUGAUGUGAUAGUUGAGAAUUCAACCGACGAAGGGUCAAUCAAAUGCCUAGAUCCAAGGAUCUUCAUCAAACCUCUUGUCCAGGGAAAGGUGAUUAUUUGCAUGUUCGACUCAUCAGACUACUAUGAUGAUGUGAGCCUUGCUAGCAUCAUCGAUACGAUUCAGAAAAUUGGGGCUGCUGGAGUCAUUGUUACUGAUCGUUCUACGCACGACGUUGACAUUGAAUUUGAGCCUACAUUUCCCACAACAGUUCCUUCAGCCAUAGUCCUGAAGGGUUCUGACAUGAGGGCUCUAAUGCAGUACUACAACAAUAACACGGUUCGAGAUGAAGACGGAAACGUUCUCAGCUUCGGAGCCACUGCUCGGAUUCUGGAGGGACGGCGUGCAGCCUACACGGGAGAAGCACCUGUCGUCGCCGAUUACUCGUCGCGGGGACCGGACGUGGAGAACUCGCUGAUGCAGCCAGCAGAGGUGCUGAAACCGAACGUCAUGGCGCCAGGGCAUCUUAUAUGGGGAGCCUGGAGCCCGACGAGCUCCGCGCUGCGGGAGAUCCACGGCGAGAACUAUGGGCUGCUGUCGGGCACAAGCAUGGCGGCCCCGCACGUCGCCGGGGUGGCUGCCCUGAUCAAACAGAGGCACCCGACGUGGAGCCCCGCCAUGAUCAUGUCCGCGAUCAUGACGAGCGCAGACGCGACCGACCGGUCGGGCUGGCCCCUGAUGGCGAGGGGUGACGAGGGCUCCCUCAGCCCCGCGACGCCGUUCGACAUGGGCGCGGGCGCCGUCAACGCGGCGCGCGCUCUGGACCCGGGCCUGGUGUUUGACGCCGGGUACCGGGACCACCUCCAGUUCCUGUGCGCGGUGCCCGGCGUUGACGAGGCUGCGGUGCUCCGCGCGGUGGGCGCGCCGUGCCCUCCCCGGCCGCGGGCGGGGGCGGGGGUGGUGCGCUGGUGCUCGGACCUCAACUCGCCGAGCGUGACGGUGGCGAGCCUGGUGGGGUCGCGGCGCGUGGACCGGCGGGUCACCAGCGUCGGCGCGCACAACGAGACGUACAUGGCGUACGUGCGCGCGCCGGAGGGCGUGGCGGUGCGCGUGUCGCCGGCCGAGUUCUCCAUCGCGCCAGGGGCGGCGCGGAUGCUGCGGAUCGUGCUCAACACCACCGCGCCCGGGAACGCCUUCAGCUUCGGCGAGGUGGUGCUCAGGGGCGACAGGAAGCACCGCGUCCGGAUCCCCCUCGCCGUCUACCCCGCGGCGGCGCUGAGCCGGUGAACUCGCGGCACGAAACCAUGCCACACCUAGCUCAUAAUGAAAUAAAGCACGUGUGUUCUGGUGCACACUCGUUCCCGUUCGAAAAUGCAGAGCAGAGGCUGCCUGCCUUUGUGGGGGAGCGCGGGAAGUCUCGUGACAUUCGAAUGUUCAGAACGGGUCGAACUCGAGACAAAGCUAGUCUUGGCUCUUGAGAUCGUGAGCAGGCAAAACCACUCCCCGUUUUAAAA